CCUCGGGUCGGCCCCCGGGGGUCGCGGGGUGGGCUGGAGAGGAGGUUGGCCCGCAGCUGGUCCAGGGUAGCGGGCAGGGGAAGGGUCCGGCGUCGGCCGUUCGCAUUCCCCCUUUCCCCCCUCCUCCGCCGCUUCUCAGGCCGCACCGCGUCCGGAGCCCCUUCCCCGGCCCCGGAAGGAGGCCCAGGGCGGGCCGUGGCCCAGGCCCUUGCCAUGGAGUCCAUGUUUGAGGAUGACAUCAGCAUCCUGACCCAGGAGGCCCUGGGGCCCAGUGAGGUGUGGCUGGAUGCCCCUGGAGACCCCUCGCUGGGGGAGGACAUGUGCUCUGCCUCCCACUUUGCCCUGAUCACGGCCUAUGGAGACAUCAAGGAGAGGCUGGGGGGCCUGGAGAGGGAGAAUGCCACCCUCCGCCGCCGCCUCAAAGUCUACGAGAUUAAGUACCCACUGAUCAGUGACUUUGGGGAGGAGCAUGGUUUCUCUCUAUAUGAAAUCAAGGAUGGUUCCCUGCUGGAGGUGGAGAAAGUCAGCCUGCAGCAACGGCUCAACCAGUUCCAGCAUGAGUUGCAGAAAAACAAGGAGCAGGAAGAACAGCUUGGGGAGAUGAUCCAGGCUUACGAGAAGCUCUGCGUGGAGAAGAAUGACCUGGAGACGGAGCUGGGAGAGAUGCGGGCCCUGGUGGAGACCCACCUGCGGCAGAUCUGUGGUUUGGAGCAGCAGCUGCGGCAGCAGCAAGGCCUCCGGGAUGUAGACUUCCCCAGCCUGAGCCCCCCACCUGCGCCUGCCCCGCCCUGUGCUGAUCUGGACCUUCACUACUUGGCACUGAGAGGGGGAUCCGGCUUGAGUCACGCAGGCUGGCCAGGCGCCACGCCGAGUAUGAGUGAACUGGAGCGGCGGCGGCUGGAAGAGGCCCUGGAGGCUGCCCAGGGAGAGGCCCGGGGGGCUCAGCUUCGGGAGGAGCAGCUCCAGGCCGAGUGUGAGCGGCUGCAGGGGGAGCUGAAGCAGCUGCAGGAGACCCGGGCCCAGGAUCUAGCCUCCAACCAGUCGGAGCGGGACAUGGCGUGGGUGAAAAGAGUUGGGGAUGAUCAGGUGAACUUGGCGCUGGCUUACACGGAGCUGACAGAAGAGCUUGGCCGGCUUCGGGAGCUGAGUUCCCUGCAGGGGAGGAUCCUGAGGACGCUGCUGCAGGAGCAGGCCCGGAGUGGCGGCCAGAGGCACUCGCCACUGUCGCAGCGCCACUCCCCGGCCCCCCAGUGCCCCUCGCACUCCCCGCCGGCCCGCGCGGCGCCCACAUGUCCCCCGUGCCAGUCCCCUGUCCCCCAGCGCCGCUCCCCUGGGCCCCCCUGCCCCUCACCCCAGCAGCGCCGCUCUCCGGCCUCGCCCUCCUGUCCGUCGCCCGUCCCGCAGCGCCGCUCGCCGGUGCCGCCGCCGUGUCAGUCCCCCAGCCCGCAGCGCCGCUCCCCAGGGCCCCCCACCUGCCCGGCCCCGCAGCCCCGGCCUCCGCCGCCCCCGCCGCCCGGGGAGAGGACGCUGGCCGAGCGAGGCUACGCCAAGCCGCCCAGCCACCACGUGAAGGCCGGCUUCCAAGGCCGGCGCAGCUACUCAGAGAUGGCGGAGGGCGCGGGCUACGCGGGCGCCUCCCCGCCCUGGCUGCAGGCCGAGGCGGCCACGCUGCCCAAGCCGCGGGCCUACGGCGGCGAGCUCUACGGCCCCGGCCGGCCCCUCAGCCCGCGGCGCGCCUUCGAGGGCAUCCGCCUGCGCUUCGAGAAGCAGCCGUCGGAGGAGGAGGAGUGGGCCGUGCCCGCCAGUCCGCCCAGUCCGGAGGCCGGCGCCAUCCGCUGCGCCUCGUUCUGCGCGGGCUUCCCGGUCCCCGAGUCGCCCGCCGCCACCGCCUACGCCCACGCCGAGCACGCGCAGUCCUGGCCGUCCAUUAACCUGCUGAUGGAGACAGUGGGCUCUGAUAUCCGCAGCUGCCCCCUCUGCCAGCUGGGUUUCCCACUUGGGUACCCAGAUGAUGCCCUCAUCAAACACAUUGACUCCCACCUGGAGAACAGCAAGAUCUAGGGUGCCUCCCCCCAUCCGCUGGCAGUUUCUCCGCCCUCUCCCAUCACCCCCACUCACUCACUCACUUUGAAUGCUGCAUGAAUCUCGUAGGGGGCCCCUGCCCCUUGCGACCCCCAGAUACCUCCACUAGCUACUGAGUCAACGUGUGUGCCGUCUCCCCUGGUCCAGGCACCACUCAGCCCUGGCUCUUCCCGGGAGGUCAGCCGAGGCUCUCCCCAGCUCCCUGGCUUCUGCUGGGGAGGUGGGAUGGGCUGGGAUGGGGAGGGGCAUAUCCUACCCAGCCUCUCCUUCUGCCUUUCUGUUCUCAAACAGUUGGGCCCAAGAAGGUGUCUAGUGCUUGGGCCUGGGGGAGGGGAGGGUAUCAGAAGACUCCAGAAGCUCCCCCAGCCCCUACCCAGAUGGCCAGCUUUCUCAGGCUGUGCUCUGUCCAGGGAGUGCCUCUCUGUAGGGUCCCAGAGCCUGCCCUGCACACUGAUGCCAGUUCCUCUGUCCCCUGGCCAGGUUGGAGCUCAUGGCAUGGGCCCCCCCCCACCUCCACUGGGGGAAGGAGGCAUCUUGUUUCUUGCCAUUCCCUGUAGGGCAGCCCUGUUUUCCCCCUCAGCCCACCCUGGGGAAUAGGGAGGGUGGGAGAGGAGAGGGAGGACCCUGAAGGAUUGGGAGCAUCUGGCCCCAAGAGGCUGCGUUGAGGCACCACGACCCUCAGGCCGGGGAACCAUCUGUGUCUGCCUCCCAGGCCCAUGCUCUUCUUCUGGAGCCCCCAGCGUCAAGGUGCAGGUUGUUAAAGCAGAUGUGCCCCCCCCACCUGACCCCGCUCAAGCCCCGACACCACAGGUGCCCUGGAGCCCAGGUGUGACUCGCCUCCGUUAGCUGGGUGGAUGUCAUCAGCCCAGCCUCCCAGGCCAGAACCUGAGGAUGGGCCCAGGGUGCUGUGGAGAUCAACUUCAAAAGAGCUAACCCCCUUCCCACACCCCAGCGACCCACAUUCCCUCUGUGAAAUCUACCUCAGAGUCGUACCCUCAGAAGGAUGGGUAAGCAGGAGGCCAGGGGGUCCCCAGGGCUGAGGUGAGGAGCUUCCCAGGCCAGCGCCUGCUGCCCCACGAUGAGUCCACUCUCCUCCACUGCAAGCCUCUCCCACGUCUCAGCCCGGGCGGGGGCAGUGGGCGCUGCGGUCAGUGCAUGUACCAUUCUGAUCCAACUCUCCCAGGCCCCCCACCUCCCCACACCCCUCCCCUCCUCCUCAGCGCAGGGGAGGGAGGGGGUGUGUCGGGGUGGGGGGCAAGGGGCCGAGGACUCCAGGGACACAUGGCAUUGUACCUUGAGUGUCCCCCUAGGGAGGGGAAACAGGGAAGGGGGACUGGAAAGGGGAGGUGGGGCCCCUGAGCUCUCUGAACAAGUUGAAAGUCCAAAUAAAACUUAA